GUCUCACUCACUGUACACGCACAAAACACACGCGCGCACGCAGGCACACACGCAUAACACAGCCGAGCGGUCACGUGACCGCGCAGUUCAAGAUGGAGACCGGGCCACUUGGAAGCUCCACUGUUAGCUAGUUAGCUCUUCGACUGCAACCCCCGCGAAAUGGCAAACGUCAGCUAACCCGAGGCGCUUAUGUGGCAGCUUCCGAUGAGGAUGAGGUAAAGCGGCUCGCGCACUCGGGACAGCGGGGGAACUUUCACGACACUAGGAGGAGGAAACUGUCAAUGGUCGUCAGCACCAAAACAAACCAGUUUUGACAGAGAGGAGAUCGAUAUGGCGCUGAGGGAGCUCAAAGUGUGUCUCCUGGGGGAUACUGGCGUUGGAAAGUCGAGUAUUGUUUGGAGAUUUGUGGAGGACAGCUUUGACCCAAACAUCAACCCAACAAUUGGGGCCUCAUUCAUGACCAAGACGGUGCAAUACCAAAAUGAACUACACAAGUUCCUGAUCUGGGACACAGCGGGGCAGGAGCGGUUUCGUGCUCUGGCACCGAUGUACUACAGAGGUUCGGCAGCAGCCAUCAUUGUUUAUGACAUCACAAAAGAGGAGUCCUUCCAAACACUGAAGAACUGGGUGAAGGAGCUGCGUCAGCAUGGGCCUCCUAACAUCGUGGUUGCCAUCGCUGGCAACAAAUGUGACCUGUCUGAUGCCAGGGAAGUGCCAGAGAGAGAGGCCAAGGAUUAUGCUGAUUCCAUUCAUGCCAUCUUUGUAGAAACCAGUGCCAAGAACGCCAUUAACAUCAAUGAGGUGUUUAUAGAGAUAAGUAGGCGGAUCCCUGUUGUAGAGGCAGCAGGAGGCACUUCAGGAAAAGGUUUCAAACUGGGGCGUCAGGCCUCUGAGUCUCGCAGGACGUGCUGCUGAUGAUGCCGGUGACUGUUCCCACAUGACCUAUGACCUGACCUUUGCUUAUUCUCUGCGUCCCCGACCUGCCUCAGCUCUACACGCCAUCAGACAUCCUGCCGGCACUGUUAUCCGGGUGUGGCAGUGUCACUCUGAGGAUGAUAGUAAAUGCAUUUUUAAAGCACUUAAAGCGACACUAUGUAACUUUUACCGAGAAACAGGGCCCUCUGCAGCCACGUGUGAUGAUAAAUUCCAAUUUAGCUGCGUAGUCCCACUCACAACAGACAACAACUGAACAGUUAAUAUUACAAGUGACCCCUGGCUUCCUGAAGCCGCUGUAACAAAUUCACCUAACUCUGUGUUGAAUUCCUUAUAUUUUAAAAGAUUCUUGAGGGAAUAUUAAACAUAAACUGUAGAUUUUAAUGACUUCGAAGUCUUUUUAACUGAUCUGCAGUUCAACAGUUCAACAUGAUUCUGACAAUUUAAGCUGCGACUAUCAGUCACUUAAACACAGGAGGUCGUCACAUAGAGCAAGACGAGAGGUUCAGGGUGAGGAGUGGAAAUUCUCCCUAUUCCAAGUCAAUGAACCAUCAAACUAAUGUGGAAGCUGCUAUUUCAAGGUAAUAAAAAUACAUAGUGUUGCUUAACGAUAGCAAAUCAUCAUGUGUCGUCUGUAAGUUGCUUGCAGGUGAAAUACUUUCAGAGCACAGACAAACAUGGUUGCACAAAUACAUUCAUAAGACAGGGGAAGACCCCCCCCCCCACACACACACACACACACACACAACCCACACACACAGACAUUCUGGCUUCUAUAAUGGACUCCAGGCUCUAUAUGGUAUGGUGUAGACUCAUGUUGACCAGAGACUCAUCAGAUUCAUUCACAAGUGACUUGUAGCUGUAAAUUUGUACAAAUAUAUUAUCUUUCAACAAAAAGUUAAUUGACAAUGUUUAAAUCUCAACCUCAAAUUAUUCAGAUAAUAUUUAAGUUAUUGCCUUUAUUUUCCUGGGAGACCUUUUCCCCCAAAUCUUCUCAACGUUAUGAAGGAUCCAUUUUCAUAAUUAAUGUGUAUAAUCGAUUAUUAAUAUUAUUAAUAUUAUUAAUUAUUAUUAAUUAUUAUUAAUUUCUGAUCAAAGAGAUCAAUGUGUGUACCAAUCUCUCAUAUUAACGUUUGCUUGAAGGAUAAAAAAGUCAAGAAAGAUGGUGCAACAUCAAAAUGGUGUUUUGAUCUCAGCCAAAAUCAAACGAUAAAGGAAUGGUUCAACAUUUUUGGAAGCACUCUUGAGAUGAGAAUAUUGAUGGCUCUCUUACGUCUGCAUAGCUCAACAUGAAGACCAAGCCAGGCUAGCUGUUACCACGUCUUUCCAGUGUUAAUGCUAUGCUACGCUAAACAAAUGUUUGUUAUCUCCUUCUAAUGAAUGCUCAGAUGUGUGAGUGGAAUUGAUCUUCUCAUCUUACUUUCCGCAAAGUUAAGAAGCACAUUAUCCAAACUAUUCCUUUAAAUCUUUAGAAUUAAUUAGUUGUUCCUCUCUCAUUUGGCAAUCAGGAUAUUUUGAUCGUCACUUGCCCGCAGAUGAUAAAAAUAGCUAAAGAUUGAAAAAAAUGCCAUCUCACUUUUGAGAGCAACCCAACAAUCCUCAUAUCCCAAUGACAGAGCUUUAAUCAGGGCGGAAUUCUCUGACUCUGUUGGUUGUCUUGAAGCUGAUUAUAAGCGAACAGUUCCAGCUGCUCACAUGUGUUCCACAUUUCCACUUGUAAUUGCUGAAGAUCCAUGAACAGGCUCAUGUGGAUGAUGUACCCCGCAGAGCACAGAGAAUCCUGCCGGUUGUUUCCAAACACUACUCCAACUUCAUUUUUCUUUAAUCUCCUGUCUGUCUCUAGCCCUUCGCUGUCUCUCACUAGAAAUUUUACAAGCAAGGCCAGUUUUUCUGAGGUAUUGCCAAAUUCUUUAAUUGUGCGAUAAAUAUUUUUCAUUCUCCCCCGGGUCACACAUCCAAACUUGUUUUACUGGCUGCCCUGUGAUGGAAACAAUACGAGAUCUGGAAACUCGACCUCGUUGAGAGGAAGCUCCGAUUUUUGGAGCUUAAAUCUCUCCUCAUCAGAAGUUUAUAGGUGGAGAAUCAGAUGUAACACUGUGUUGACAUGCUGACCCCUUAAUGAACCUUUGUUUCCAUUGCGCUCUGUAUGCACUUUGUUCCAGCAUCUGCUUUCUGACUUUCCUCUCUCUUCUGUGUUGUUCCCCUUAAAUGACAAACUUAUUGCCGGGCCAGAUUUCAAUCAUGGUGCAGUUACAGCUUUCACAGAGCCACAUCAUCACCCGUUUUCUCUGUGAUCCUUAUGUUAUGUUACAGCAAUCUCGUUAGCCUCUUGAUAUUGUUUGAACUUCAGCAGCAGUGGAUCAACGAUCCCACACUGACCUAUUCAUUCUUUGUAAUUUCAUGCUUCCCUGGAUCUCAUUUGCUCCCUCAGUCCCAAAACCUAUUUUCAAACCUGCCAAAAGAAAUGCAGAUAUGGUCUUAAUUAUACUGCAUCGGCACAUUUAUCAACGUGAAUUGUGUCCUUUUCUGCCAGCGCAUGACACUUAAUUUGCCUUUGAGUGUCUUAAUGUAACUGAUGAAAACCUAAACCUAAAAAGCCUAAUCUUUCAUGAUUUCUUCUGUGGAGUGCAAUAGUUGUUAUAAUGACAAAGGUAAAAUGUGACCUAAUUGGAGACAUUAGUUACAGAGUGAUGUGUUCACACAGAAAAGCAAAUGCCUGUCUAAAAGAUCUCCAACAGGAUAAUGAAAGGUUUAUAUGAACCUCAUUUAAUGUGUAUUUGGUGAAGGGUUUGCUCAUCUAUCAUAUGACAGAGAGUCCCAAGACUCUUCUGUCUUUGAUAAUUCACCAAGCAUGACAUCAUGAUAGCAACACUAGCUACUAAAACCUCCGCCAUCACAUUAAGAAGGGAAUCACUGCAGCUGCACUUUUGACUCACUGACUGUUUGUAUUAAUUGGCUCCUAAUACGACCUAACGCUGUCUGCAGCAUGUUAAUAUGCCUGUGAAACACUUUAUGAAACAUUCUUGCACGGGUGUCAGACUUUCCUUAAUAUCCCAUGGUGUUAUUUUAAAGUUUUGACUGUUUGCUCGGCUCAUAUUGCGAUGAAGACGUUGGUGCCAAAUAAUCAAAACUAUUUUACUACAUCAUGCAUAAUUAACCAUUUUUUAUUGUUGUUGUAAUAUAAUGAUUUAAAGUACUAAUCGCAUAAAAUGCUUACAAAAAUAUUUGAGUUCUGAUAAUGAUGACAUGUUUCCCCCUCAUUUGGAAACAGGAGGCAUGAAUAGUGUUUGCCAAUUUUGCAUUGAAAAAUACCAUUAGUCUCGGGCUGGCCCUGGGAAUGUGAUUAAUCUAUAUUGUGUAUAUUUUUCAGUGUCGAUAAAUACCAUCAGAUUGCACACAAAUCGAUGACUCUAUUCUAGUCUAAGCCAGUCAUGUGACCACAGUGGACUUGUUCACCAUUUUCAGUGAAACCAUCUGAACUGUAGUUACCAUAUUUAGCUUUUUAUUAAAUUUCAUAUUGAUUGUAACAAAAUACCUGAGAUCUUUUGUUUGCUGUGUAUUUCCAAAUGUGUAAAAAGGGAAUUGUCAAUUGUUUACUAAUAAAAGAUUGACAAAAAAUACAA